AUGAGCAGCAGCGCCGCCGAGCAGAUCCAGAGCCUCAUCAGCGCCGUGGAGAGCGACCUGGGCAUCGAGGCCAACGCCCCCGUGGGCGCCGAGGCCCAGAAGCAGCAGCAGAAGCCCAAGGCCAAGAAGCCCAAGGCCCCCAAGCCCGCCAAGGCCCCCGCCGCCGACCCCAACCAGCCCGAGAUCACCAAGCUCGACAUCCGCGUGGGCAAGAUCGUCAAGGUCUGGAAGCACGAGACGGCCGACAAGCUCUACUGCGAGGAGAUCGACGUGGGCGAGGACGCGCCCCGCCAGAUCGCCAGCGGCCUCGUGCACCACUACUCGCUCGAGCAGAUGCAGGACGCGCGCGUGCUCGUGCUGUGCAACCUCAAGCCGCGCAACCUCGUGGGCUUCCGCAGCCACGGCAUGGUCAUGUGCGCCGCCGUGCCGCUCGAGGACGGCAAGGAGAAGGUGGCGUUCGUGACGCCCCCCGAGGGCGCCAAGGUGGGCGAGCGCAUCACGUUCGAGGGCCUCACGGGCGAGCCCUUCUCCCCCGCGCAGGUGGAGAAGAAGAAGGUGCUGACGGUGCUGGGCGACGAGAUGAAGACGGACGACAGCGGCGUCGCCAAGUGGAAGGAGCACGUGUUCGGCACGUCCGCGGGCCCCUGCACGGCCCCCGUGAACAACGGACUCAUUAGAUAA